AAUAGGGAAAUAAAUAUAAAUAAAUAAAGUCUGGCACCCUUGGUCUGUGCGUUUAUACCCUUUAAAUGAUUUCCAAUACACCUUUAUUUGUAUUUUAUUUUUUUUCAACAGUUAUUUCCUUCCCGAAGGUGUUUCGGUAUGUUCGUCACGCGGAAGUGUGAUGAGGAAAAAAUGAAAACCGGAUUGUUGUGUCAAUAACAGCUGGUGUCGUUCAACAUGGCACCGAAAGAUCCUCUUCUCGCUUCUCUGAAAGUGUGUGUCCUGAAUCUGCAGUCCCAGGGGGACGUGGUGACAGACAACAACCCUCACCUGUCCUGCUGCUGCGAGCUGCUGGAGCUGGUCUUCAGGAAGGGCCUGCAACAGUCGGUGCUGAGUCUGGUGCAGAGAGAUUACUGGCAUUGCUUCGAGCAGCUGCUCCAUCAAGAUGCCUGCGGCAGGCUGUCUGCUCUGUCCCUGGCCGUGGAGCAGAGCCGGGCCUGCAGGAGGCUGCUCUCGGCCCAGGGCCGGGGCCGCUACCUGCUCAGGCUGGCCCUGGGCCGCAGGACCCUGGCACAGCUGUCCACCCACCUGCUGCACACACCCAGAGUCCUGGAGUGGUACAGCCCGGUGUCAUCCAUCCUCAGGAACGAGGAAUAUGCAGAGCCGUUCAUGUCUCUGCUGCUGGUCCUCUCUCACAUGGAGUUUAAACUGGACAUGGAGAACUGCAGUUUUUUGGAUGAGAGCUGGCUCCUCCCAGUGUGCGAGCUGUACGAAGUAGUCCCUUGUCGGGAAGUUGGCAUAAUUCUGAGGUAUCUCAGUGGGCGAGUCUUCGUCCUCAGCUUGGUGCCUGGCGGUCAAGCCCACGUGGACAAGUUCAUUUCCCCUGGUGACAUCAUCGAUGACAUCAACGGGACCUCGUUGAGGAAUUCCAAAAACAGACAGGCAGGUGUGGUUCUGUCACGACUGAAGGGCUGCCCCUUAUCCAUCCGUGUCCUGAGAUGGAGGGCCGGGGAUGGAACGGUGUAUCGGCCCCUCGUCAAGCUCCUGCGGGCCCUGAGGACGGAGAACCCCGACGUGCAGCUCGGUCCCACUCCGUCCAAUCACUCAGCCGCCAAUGACCAAAAGCACCCGACGUCACAGUGUCUUAAAGAGGGAAGAAUCGUUUACAUUGUGGAGUUCCUGGGAAAGGCCAACAUAGGAAUGUUUGGAGGCAAAGAAGUGCUGCAGCAUGCAAUUCCUCAAGUGUUGAAUAAAAACCUUCCUAUGAAGGAAGUACUUUUAGAUAUGAAGGAAACACAUCUGACGUGCGCAGACAGGAACAGUACAAUGAAGCUGUUCGAGCAUCAUUAUCCAGAAAUUUCAUGCGUGGGGAGAUAUGCCCAGCCAGACUACACGCUUUUUGCCUUCUGUGUGGCAGAGUCUCCAGAAACUCCACAGUCAACCGGGUUUUGCUGUGUGGUGCUCAGAGCUGCCAACAUCAAGGAGUGUGAAGAUAUCAUCUGUCGUAUUGCUACUGGUUUCAAACAUACCGAAUGGUUUGUAUAAAUUAUAAGCUCAAUGUCCUGUAAAUAAAGGCCUGCCACAAUACUC